UCUGAGUCUUUAAUCAUUUUGAUUAUUAUGUUAUGUUUUCAAUUAUUUUUUAAGUGAAGUGUUUAAUUAAAUCAUUAAUUUAUGAUUUAUUUUGUUGUUCCAAUCACCUCUUAACCAAUAAGUUAAAACCUUUUUUGGUUUGUAAUUAAUUAAUUGGGGUUUUGUUUUCUUUUUUUGGUUUUUGUUCUCUUUGGUUUUGGUCAUUUGUAAUUGUAUAGAAAAAAAAAAGAAAUUUAUUCAACCAUUAUGUUUGUUGACUCGUCAUUGAUUACUGGUGAUGAAUGCAAUGGUAAACGGAAAAGGAAACGAGAGAAACUUGAUCACCUUACGGAGGAGGAAAAAAUGAUGAGGAGAAAAAUUAAAAAUCGUCUAUCAGCUCAAACGUCAAGGGAUAAAAAGAAAAGAGUUAUGUCUACAUUGGAGAUUGAAUUGGCUUCUUUGGGUGCGGUCAAUAAACGGCUGAUGCAAGAAAAUGGAGAUCUUAAGAAAAUGUUGGAUCAAAGUGAGUCAAAUCAACAGCGCAUUUUAUCCUUGGAAAUGGAGAAUAAAUUUUUAAAAGAAAAACUUGAUAAUUUGGAGAAAAUGAUCAUGAAUAAUAAUAAUAAUCAAAAAUCAUCAAAAUCAAUUUCUGAUAUUGAUAGUAGUCAAUCUGAAAGAUCAUUGGAUACCUCUUUUGAGCCAGCAGAGCUAAUUAAUGGAUCUCAGCAGAAGAACCAAGAGGUAAACAAGAUCUUGAUGAUCUGGACAAAACUAUCAAUUAUUUCAUUAAUUGUGAUGGUGAAGAUAUCAUUUCUUGGUUAUCAUCUUCCUCCAAUCAAUUUUACCAAAACAACAACCUCUUAUCCAAUGAUUCUGGUAUCGAAGAUGGAUCUCAAUCCAGUGGAACAUUUUCCAGAUUAUUUCCCAAAACGGAAGAAACUGAAGGAGACAAAAAAACUAUGGCUUCUAUCAGGGACCUGAUUACCUUUGAUCAUAUGUAUCAUAGGAAUAAAAGUCAAUCGGUAGAAAUAUCGUCAAUUAUUCCAAAUGACAUUAACUCUCUCACAAUUAACACCAAUGUAAACACCAAACAAACUGAAAUACCAACAACUACAAAUUCAAUUUCAUCAAUUUCAACCUCAACAAUCAGUUCUCUCAGUAAUCAAUCAUUACUGCAACCCGAUGAUUAUGAUGAUGAUAAUUUCUUUUCCUCUGAUUUACCAAUGGAAACCAUUUUUUUUGACGAUUUAUUCCCAGAACUUGGUUAAUCUUUAUUUAUUUAAUUCUGGAUUUUUAUUACUACAAUUUAUCUCAAUUAUUAUUAUCCACAAACAAAACCUCCAAAUCACAAAUUCCCCCCUCUUAUAAUUCAUAAUUAUAUGUGUAAUCUAUGAAAACAAAGUGUUAACAAUUAACAAAUGCAAUUCAAUGGUUGAA